AUGACAAUCUCGAUGAAUCAUCGCAAACGUCAUUUUCAGGACAUCAAAGAUAAGGUUACAUAUGGCUUCAGUUUCUUCGCCGGCUCUUUGCCUCAACGGUCGAGUUCUGUAGUCACCGGAUCGUCCAGAGGAAUAGGCCGUACCAUAGCCAUCCACCUUACGGAGCUUAGGGCUAGGAUCGCCGUUAAUUACUCCACUAACUCCGCCGAGGCCGAGAAAGUUGCGGCAGGGAUUACCACCAACCCUGAAGAGGUCACCGGAAAAGGUCCACGUGUCAUCGUGGUCAAGGCCGAUAUAUCGGAGCCGAGUCAGGUGAAAUCGCUUUUCGAUGAGGCGGAACGGGUCUUCGAAUCGCCGGUUCAUAUCCUGGUUAACUCUGCAGCUAUUUCCGAUCCCAAUCGUUCGAGUAUCUCAGACACAUCUGAAGAACUCUUUGAUCGCAUUUUCAGAGAAGCAGCGAACAGGCUAAAACGUGGAGGAGGUGGCCGGAUAAUCCUCCUCUCAUCUUCUCUGGUUCAACAUUUAAAACCAUGCUUUGGCUCAUACACGGCUUCAAAGGCAGCUAUAGAAGCCAUGGCCAAGGUUCUUGCUAAAGAGCUCAAAGGAACAGAAAUCACAGUGAACUGUGUUUCUCCAGGACCCGUUGCCACGGAGAUGUUUUUCGAAGGAUUA